CCGCCUGUGGGCUGAAUGCGGCGGCUCGGCGGCCGCGGACUCCUGCUGGGCCUGGCGGCGGCGGCGGCGGCGGCGGCGGCACGGUGGCUGGGCUGGUGGAGCGACCGCGCUGGGCUUCGCCUGUUCGUGCCCGAGGAGCUGGCCCGCUACCGCGGCGGCCCCGGGGCCCCGGGUCUCUACUUGGCGUUGCUUGGCCGCGUGUACGAUGUGUCCCCCGGCCGGAGGCAUUACGAGCCCGGGGCCCACUAUAGCGGCUUCGCAGGCCGAGAUGCGUCCCGGGCAUUUGUGACUGGGGACUACUCUGAAGCAGGCCUGGUGGACGAUGUGUCUGAUUUGUCAUUUUCGGAGGUGCUGACACUUCAGAAUUGGCUUUCAUUCUAUGAGAAGAAUUAUGAAUUGGUUGGCAGGGUGAUAGGAAGGUUCUAUGGAGAGGACGGCCUCCCGACCCCAACCCUGACCCGGGUGGAAGCCGUGAUGGCCCGGGGCGCAGAGGCAGGCCAGCGGGCGCUGCAGGAGAAGCAAAAGUUCCCCCCGUGCAACGCGGAGUGGAGCUCGGGCAGGGGCAGCCGGCUCUGGUGCUCCACGGAGAGCGGAGGCGUGAGCAGAGAUUGGGUCGGUGUUCCCAGGAAGCUGUACAGGCCAGGUGCCAAGGAGCCGCACUGUGUGUGCGUAAGAACAACUGGACCUCCGAGUGACCAGGCGCCGGGCCUCACUGCACACGCAAAUCGUGGGGACCUGGACAACCCUGGCCUGGGGGAGUAUGCAGGCUGCCCACCCCUGGCCGUCGCAUGCUCCUUCCCGCUGUGAGCCGGUGUCCUGGGGGUGAUCCCUCCCAGAGAGCCCAGCCUGAGCCCCUAGUCCUGUUGGUGCCCCUGUACCCGGACCCGCUCAUGUCUGACCCUGUAGACCCAUGGGACUGACUCCCGGGUAUCAGGCUUGGGCUCCAACCACGUCUUUCCCACAGGCAGGUGGUGGGCCAGCCCGCCCCCCCAUACCUCCCAGGCCGGUGGAGGCCCUGGAGGCACCAGCAAACCCAUCCCCUUUCAGCUCAGACUGAGGCAGACACGUCGACCUAAGUUAACCGCGUCCGGGUCCCCCCUCCAGGUUCUGAACGCUUGCAACCCUGACAUCCAGCACCUUCCUGACAACUGAGUCCUGCCUGAGCCGGACCCAGGCCCGUACCAUGAGCGCAGAUGGUAAAACAUGGAAGCUUCUGCUUACGGAGGCAGCCAGUGUAGAUGCCUCUGAACAAAGCAGCAGUUGGAAGCGAGGCUGUUUCGUUUGCAAACACGCAGAAUGAAGUGCGGGAGUGUCUGUGUCUGAUGAAGCGGUGGUUCUGGUGCUGCAACACCUCUGCGGGGGUGUGUCCAGAGGGCCCCCCCCCCCCCCCGAUGAAAACUCCCGGAGCACUACACACAAACACACUUUCUCGCUCUCUCCCCCCUCAGCCUAGUUCCCUGUGCCCCCACACCUGUCCCCUGGAGCACCUCCUGGGCACCUGGACUGCACGUUGCACGUCUCCCUGCGAGGUCCCCACGGCCAGGGCUCCUCACCCACCCCACCUCAGGCCCCCAGUUUUCCCCACCCAUUCCCACAGCCACUUUAGAGAUGUCUCGCUUGUCCCAACCCCCCCACCACAGCCACCAAGCCCUGCACGCUGCUGUGCACAGUCACCCAGGAUGACCAGGUCACGGGAUCUGUGACGUCUCGUGUCCAUGCACCAGUGUGAAUGCUUUUGCCCCCCAGCUGCUGGAGCCGUCCAGCCCCCUCCCUGCUGCCCCCAUGCCUGCCCCCAGGGCCUCCUCCAGGCUGUCCCUGCCUGCACCAACCCAGAAAUCCCGGGCACCUCUCCCUGAGCAGGGGCCAAGGGCUCCCCAACCGGGGGCAAGUGCGUGGACUUGGCUCUUAGCUGGCAGGUGAGGAGCCCAGGCCUCGGCGGCAGGGCUGAGCCUUGGGUACCAGGCUCCUCCCCAUCCGGCUCCCCUGCGCCCCUCCCCGGCUCUACACACCAUGCCAGGGGUAGAUAGGAGCCCCAGGUAUCCCUCUGUGGUCACAUGGGGAACGGUGGAAGGAGGGCAGUACAGGCGAGGCCGACCCACAGGUCACAGAGGGGACGGUGUGGGGCCAGGUGCAGACGUCAGGCUCUGCCCAGACUGAAAACAGGAAGGACACCCUGCUGUCUCCCGGCCAAGCGUCCCCUGGGCACGCACUUCCUCGUCAACACCUGCCUCAUACCUUGGCAAGAGGAGCUGACAGAGCCGGGGAGGCCCCCCAGGACGGACAUAGGAUUUGCUGAGAUAGAACCAGUGUUGGGCGUGGCCGCCUCAACAGCAUCCAAAAGGGGCACCCGAACAAGCUGCAGCCCACCCCCACCCCAGUGUGGAGAGCCUGCAGCCAGAGGGAGCCCCCCGGACCGCAGCCACACCCCUGCUUGUUUGGCUCUUGGACAGCUGUUGUGAAGGACCCCACGCACGGGGUGCGGCUGCAUCCAGAAAUCCAGAGUCCCCUCAAGGAUGCCCCCCCCAUGACCGCAGACCUGGCUCCCGUCAGCCCUCAUUGGAGGGGCCUCGCUAUGUAUUGCACACACCCCGUCUUUCCUGAGAGGAGGUCACAGUGAGCGGGCGUUACAGGCACAGCAUAUACUGGCAGGUGAAGCCUUCGGGAAUUCAAACGGAGGGCGGGCGAUUACAGAAAGGGACUCACAUGUCAGGAGUUAAAAAUCUGUUUUUAAUGUGUCUUGGUGCUUCUGCGUUAAAAAGUAACUACAAAGGUCUUAUUAAAGUUUCCACUUUAAGUGCACAA